GGCCUGAGCCCACUACGUGUCGCUUGGUUUUACCGUAGCGACCGGACAAGAUACCAUUCUUCGCGUUGCUGAUGGAAGGGCCCGUCGGAUCUCGGUAUCCAGUGCUCAUGCCGCCGUGGCAGGUCAUCCUCGCCCUCAUUGCCAUCCUCGUGUGGCUCUGCGCCCCCCUUGUCAAGCGCAUCCUAAGCGGCGCACCAAAGAACAAGCCACACGCCAGGCCCGACAUGUUGCGGCUGAUGAGCAGACAGGCCGAGCAGCGGAAGGGAGCCCACCGUCAGCGUCAGAAAUAUAUGGCGCCGAUUGACGUGCCUGCAGCAAUGAGGAGUGCCGACGACGACGACUUGGCAGAUACUGGGAGGCUGAGGCAGGAGCUCGGCGGUAUGGCGGAGGACAUCCGGUCGGUGUUAGCGUCGUCCCCCUCGCCGCAGCGUGCGAUGUCGGCGUUGACGACCCUGUGCGAGCUGCUGGACAAGGUGUUGCUGCACCCUGGGGUGGCAAGAUACCGCCGCUUGUCCAAGGGCAACAAGGCGCUUCAGGGACGCAUCGGCGACGCCGGCGCGUGGGCCUUCCUGGAGAAAUGCGGUGAGUGAGUGAGUGCAUUGAGACGGGUGCCUGGAUGGCGUCUGUCUGUUGUUUGUUGGGUGCAUGGAUGGAUGGAUGGAUGGAUGGAUGGAUGGCAGGUUUUGCAGCGGACACGGAGGGGAACUGCCUGGUCUACCCCGACGCCCCGCCAACCACCCUCACACUCGCGUGAGUCAUCAAAAGAAUAUCCACUAUCCAUGGACGCAUCAGUGCG